AUCAUGAGGUAUUUCUGUGUCCUGAUCUUUUUGGCCACCUUGGCUAUUUGCCUGGUGGGUCAGUCAAGUGGUGCCAGUUCCACAACGACGACGGAGGCAACCACAACGACCACGACCACCACCACCGCGGCCUCGUCCUCGUCGUCGGACAGCACCACCACCACAGAGGCAAGCACGACAACCACCACAACCACCGCCUCCUCCGCCAAGUCUUCCUCCUCUACCAAGAAGAAGAGGAGGACCCACUGCAAACGCAAAACAAAAAAACCAAAAAAGAUAGUCAAAAGGCGCAAGCACAAGAAGAAUAAGAAGAAGAGUUGUUAGGCUCCAGAUCGAUCCCCCAAAUCCCCAACUU